AUGGUUGAUAGUAAUGUUUACGAAUUUCUUGUGUUUUUCAUGUUAUUUUCAGCUUGUAUUUGUUUUUCGAACGGCCUUCAAUUCAACGUUGGGGGCAAAAAUGGAUGGCGACUAAACCCUUCUGAAGACUAUAAUCGUUGGGCCGAAAGUUUGAGAUUUCAAGUUAACGACACACUAUUUUUCAAAUACAAGAAAGGUUCAGAUUCAGUGCUGGUUGUCAACAAAGACGACUACAACAGCUGCAACACAACAAACCCUAUCGAAAAAUUCGACGGUGGGAGAUCGAUCUUCAGAUUCGAUCGAUCCGGGCCGUUCUUUUUCAUCAGCGGCAACGAAGCCAGCUGUAUUCGCGGCCAGAAGCUGAUUGUCGUUGUUUUAGCCGUCAGGAGCGGCGGGCCCGGCCCGUCGCCCGUCGAGCCGCCGGCCCCGCGUCCGGGCAUUCCGCCGGUCGAAUCUCUGUCUCCGGCGCCGGCGCCGGCGGAAUUAUCACCGGAGAAUUCAACGCCGGCAGUGCAUCCGCCGCGCCGCUCGUUUGCGGCGGCGGAGGAGUGGGGGUUCUCGGCGGCGUUGGUGGGAACAGUUUCGCUGGUUCUAAAUGUGUGGUUGGGAGUGUAA